GGACACGGGCUCUCGGGCUUCAGGGAUUCGUGGGCGUCCAGCCCCAGUGCAGAACGGACGGCGUCCUCAUGUGGCCGCUGUUAGGGAGUGCGUGUGUGUGACGUGUGCACUGGGGGAGAAGUACGCCUGCGCGCGAUAGGUUUUUUGUGAAAUGCGGGUAUCAGGAGUACUUGAUGUAUUUUGUUGUUCUGAGCACUUAUAUUUCGUUAGCUGCUUUAUAUUUCUUUAUGUAUAUAAUACGUGCGACUGGAGCUUGGACAGGUUUUCAGGGCCUCCAUUUUUCAGUUAAAUCACUGGGGAAAUGGAACAGGGAAAGGGCUGGACUAGCUAGCCAAACAAGGCCCUUUCUUGGCUCUAGCAUUCUCCAGAUUCAGAAUUAUUAUUUGUUAUGUUUUCAUUUGUUGUUAUGUAUAAUCAUGACACAGUAUCCUGAAGCCAUGGACAGCUGUGUGACGUGGAAAGUCUGGGACAAAUUUCAGAAGAGAGAGGUGAGAUGGCGCUGAGGGGUGGGUGCAUAAGCUACAUCAUAAAUGUCACCCCUUUGGAGAGUUUGUGACCUUAUAUUCAGGGAUGAAACUAAGGAAAUUCUGUCAUAACUCUUCUCUCGAUACCUCGUACUCCCCUCCUUCUUGAUUUACUCUUAAUUCUUUCCAGAGGUGAGCUGCCCCCAGUGUCCCAUUGAUUGUUGAUGGCAUCUAGAGAAGUACUGAGGUUCCCUGCCUCCUGGCUUCAUACACACAGAGAGUGGUAGUGCUGUCAGUUCCUUUUUGGAUUAUCUGGUUUGAACUUAUUUGAAAGAUUUUUAAAAAAUGAGUAUGCUAGGAUCAUGUGAUUUGUUAAGUAGUGAAACCAAGAUUGAAAGCUAGGUCUGCAGAUUCCUAGCUACUAUCUGUUUUUCUCACUGUUAGGUCAAAUUUAGUUUCUUACUAAAAGAUCCUUUUGAAAAUUGUAAGCAGGUUAGAACAAACAUUAAAAAAUUUACCUUGUCUUAAACAUCCCCAUCCCUUUUUUCAGAGGUUUCUUGGAUAAUUUGACCUCAAGGGAUCAAUGGUGUUAGCAGAACCUAAAUUGAUAAUAAAUCAGUAAGAAACAAAUGUUUACAUUCACUCAGUGAAAAAUAUGUCUAAGCUCAACAUAUAUCGGAGCUACACAUGGACAUGUAAGUAUCUUGUGUGUGGAGCUGUGUAGGCAGGUGAAUGCAGGAACUGCAAGGCAGGACAAGUUCUUCUCACUUCCUUCUUCCUUUUCCCUCAGCACUGCUUUCUCCAAGAACAGAAAAUGAACAAAUCCCAGGAGCAUGCUGUCUUGGUUUCUUGUAGCUUGGUAAAUAUACCCUUACAGGAACCAGUGUCAUUCAAAGAUGUAUAUGUGGACUUCACCAAGGAAGAAUGGUAUCUUCUGGAUCCUGCUCAGAAGAUAUUAUACAGAGACAUGAUGCUGGAAAAUUAUAGCCACCUUGUCUCAGUAGGGUAUUGCAUUACUAAGCCAGAAGUGAUCAUCAAGAUAGAGCAAGGAGAAGAGCCCUGGAUACUAAAGCAAGGAUUCCCAAGCCAGUGUCACCCAGAAAACUGGAAAGUUGAUUACCUGAUAGAGAACAGCCAGGAAAAUCAAGAUGAACAUUUUUGGGAAUUUGCUGUCACCACCAACAAAACAUUAAGUGGUGAUAAAGUAAGGAGAACUUUCAGUCUGGGUACAGACUGUGUUCCUUCAAGAAAUAUUUCAGAGGAGAUAUGUGACUCUUGUGAAAUGAAUUUGAAGAACAUCUCAGGCUUAAUUAUUAGUAGAAAGAACUAUUCUGAAACAAAGCCUGAUAAAUUUAAUUUAUAUGAAAAAUUGCUUUUUGAUAUUAGGCAUGAGAAAAUUCCUACUGGAGGAAAAUCUUAUAACUAUAAUCAAAAAAGGAAUAUCCUUGGUCAUUUCCAGAAUCUUACUCAACCAAUUAUCGACCAGCCUUUUGAGUAUACUGACAAUGGACAAAGCUUCCAAGAGGAGGCAGCAUUUUUCUCAAACAAGAAAGCUCAGAUAGGAGGGACACUCUAUAAAUAUAAUGAAUGUCAAAGAACCUUCAUCCAAAGUUUCAAGCUCAAUUUAUCUCAGAGAACUCAUUUGAAAAGAGAACUAUAUGCAUGCAGUAUUUGUGGGAAUUCCUUCUGUAUGGAUUUAAGAUUGGGACAUCAAAAAGCUCUUACAGGAGAGAAUCCUUAUGAAUAUAAUAAAUAUGAGCAAAUUUUCUAUGAUAAUUCAACUUUCAUUAUCCAUCAGAGAACUUAUGCAGGAAAGAUUCCCCAUGAAUAUAAUGUAAGCCACAAAACAGGGGUAAAAUCAGCUCUCUUUAAACAUCAGAUAGUACAUAUAGGGGGGAAACGUUAUGAGCACAAAGAAAAUGGAAAUAAUUUCAACAAGAAGUCACACCUCACCCAACCUCGGAGAGCUCACUCAGGACAAAGAAAUUUUGAAUGUGCUGAAUGUGGGAAAACAUUCUGGGAGAAGUCAAACCUCACUCAACAUCAGAGAACACACACAGGAGAGAAACCCUAUGAAUGUGCUGAAUGUGGGAAGUCCUUUUGUCAGAAACCACACCUUACCAACCAUCAACGAACUCAUACAGGAGAAAAACCUUAUGAAUGUAAGCAGUGUGGGAAAACAUUCUGUGUGAAGUCGAACCUCACAGAACAUCACAGAACACAUACAGGAGAGAAACCCUAUGAAUGUAAUGCAUGUGGAAAGUCCUUCUGCCACAGGUCAGCACUAACUGUACAUCAGAGAACACACACAGGAGAGAAACCCUUUAUAUGCAAUGAAUGUGGGAAAUCCUUCUGUGUGAAGUCAAAUCUCAUUGUACAUCAAAGAACUCACACUGGAGAGAAACCCUAUAAAUGUAAUGAGUGUGGGAAAACCUUCUGUGAGAAAUCAGCUCUUACUAAGCAUCAUAGAACUCACACAGGAGAGAAACCCUAUGAGUGUAAUGGAUGUGGGAAGACCUUUAGUCAGAGGUCAGUGCUCACUAAACAUCAGAGAAUUCAUGCAAGGGUGAAAGCUCUUUCAACAUCCUGAAUAUUCAGAAACCUUCAUCCACCCUUUCAAAUUCAUUAUGUAGUUUUUAAAAAUGAGAUUAAUGAAACCCAAAGAACAUGGCAAAUUACUCAAAAGUUAUUGUAAUUUAGAUAAUCAGUAUUCAAAUAAAACCAUAUUAAUGUUUUAAAUAUGUAGAAGAUUUUAAGAAAAACUAAAUUUUUGUCAGAAAAUUUUUACUAAGGGAAAAUUUAUUUAAGUAAUAUGGUAAAGAUCUUCAUACAGAAUUUAUGUUAUCUAAGUGUUGUAUUGCAAAUGAUACCAAAAUUUUAUUAUAAGUGUAAUGUGCGAUAUUCAGUUAUAUUGGUAUUCACAGUGUCAUUUGAGGCUUAAAAAAUGUUGAAUAACUAGCAUUAAACAUUUAUGUAAAGAGUCCCUAAUGUGUGCAGGCCUUAUUUAAGUAGAAGUAUUCUGAUAUAACAGAAAUUUGAUGUAUGCUUAAUUUGUACAUUAGAGCCCAACAUGCUUGUGAAGAGAAAGUAUGAACAUGAGUUAAACACCUAUUGAGGUCUAUAUUGAUAUUUCCCACACAAAAUAGCACCAGUAUCUUUAUAGGUUGACAUAAUUACACUGUGUACAUAUAAAUAUAUUUAAACACACAUACACAAAUAUAGUGGUGUGCUAGAAUAAGAUCAUACUAGCAUGGAAGUACUGCUGAUUGUCAAAUUUUCAGACAUUUUGUGAGCCAAUUGUUAAACAUAGUCACUGAAAAAUUAAAUUAUAUAGAGUUACAAUUAAAUUAUAUUAAAAACAUAAUAAAUAUUCAACACUCACUACUUCCUAAUUAUUUUAUAACAUUUUACUGUUGGUUCUUUAUGUUACUUAUAUUUUUAAUCUACAUAGAGAAAAUACUGUGUAAUGGUGUGCUACUGCACAAUCUCUUUCUAACUCUACAUUCAGUUCCAUCAUGUUGGUAGCUUGACUUUAGUGGAAGUAUUUACACCAUGGAAUUUGGCAAACUCUACAAUUUAUGGUUAUUUUCUCAUAGAACCUAUUGUCAAAUAUUUACCAGCACAAUAGGACAUAAGAAUAUAUAUAUUUGGAAAAUUUAGGGUACAAACCACAUACCCUUUCUCUUCUUUCUUAAUAUAAAUACAUGGCCAUGGCCGUUAUUGCUAAACUGCCUCUUCAAUAAAUAAGGCAAAAUGUGAGGUUUUUAACUACCUCUGCUUCAUUUCUAUUCUUAAUAGUACCUUAGUCUUUUUAAAGUGUGGCCAGUAUAUGUUAUUUUACAACCACAUCACCUACCUUCUGAAUUUUUUUUUUUUUGCAUAUAUGAAUGAGCACAGCCAUUAUUACUGAACUACUACUUCCAUUAAAAAGCCAAACUUUUUUUCUGAGGUUUUUAUGCUGCUUCUUGGUCAGUCAGUAUUGUAAUUGUUAAUAAUAAUGAUAUUUCCAUAUAUUUCACAUAGAUUAACAGCAGUUAUAUACAGUAAUACUGUACUAUAUAAAUAAAUAGUAGUGGCAUGUAAUGAAAUGCCUCUUUUAUACUCUUGCUAUUUCAUUGCUGUAUCUAUUUAGGCAUGGUAUGUGUAACCUGAGUUGUAUGUAAUCCAGGAACUAUGUAUUUGUUUUUCAUGUAAUAGAAUAUCAUAUAUUCUCUCUGUUGCCUUUGUCCUACUGUUCCCCAUGUUUCAGUGCAGCAUGUUGAUAAGCAGUUCCAAGAGACUGUACUUCUUAAUUGCUGGGCUCUAUUAUGUCUGUUUUGUUCUCCCAGAUGAUACAAGGGUAAAUCCCGACAAGUCUGAGUUAAUCAUGGAUAUUCUAAAGAUUUUGUUGAGUGGUCAUGUGAGCAAUGAGAUGUUUGGAAAAUAUUCUGCAGUACUUCUGGGAAAAAUCUCAUCAAUAAAAUAUUGUUAGGACAGACAUGAAAAGACAUGUCUCUAUUCUACUGGACUUUUUCAUGUCUAUAUGUUAUAUUAUAGUUUGUGGCCCCAAAGGGCAACAGCCUGAAGAUAACAGUACAGAAGAUGGGAAAACCUUGACUUGGAGGUGACAUCCACUGAGAUGUGCAACUUCAUCUGGAUCUUCUCUCUGUGAGGACUUAAUGUGAUAAUAAUGGUUUUGUAUUUAUUCUUAGGGCUAUUGCUUAGAGCUGAAGGCAUUCCCCCCAACAGAGGUGAAUUCUUUUCUAAGUGUUAAUGUUCUAUACAGUGAUUUUUGGGGAAGAAUUAUUUCUUUUGACAGGUUAAUAUAGGGAAGGGCCUUCUGUCAGCCGUGGUUCUGGGGAAAAACACAAUUCUAGAAGAUUUUAAUGGCAGACUUGAUUUGGUGCGGACCAGAGACAAGGGCCGUUGAUACACCUAGAGACUAGCAUCAUCAGGAAGCCAUGGUUACCAUUCUAAAUCCUAAAGGAGCAAAGGAGGGAAACAAGUGUUACCAGAGCCCAACAAAACUUGGCCUCAUGAAGGAGAGGCCACCGUAUAGUAGAUAUUGUCACUACCAGAAAUGUGACACCAAAUUGCUGGUGCCUCCCUUUGGAGAACCCAAGCAGAUGCCAUCUGCAGGUAAGCCCAAGUAGGCACAGAGAAGAUCUGGUUGGAGCCAGUGGAGAACAAGCAGCACAGUAUUUUUUAAUUCCUAUAAAUUCCUAUGUAAAGUCUGGGUAUUAGAAGUUUAUUCUACUAGUUGAAAGUUGUGUUUCUGCUUUGUAUUGCUUUGGAGUCCUAAGGAAAUUCCUUUUGGAACUGAGCAUUGUGGCAGGUGUGUCUUUCUAACAUGCCUGAAGCAGAUGUGUAUAUUUGCAUUAUUCAUAUAUCUGUGGUGUUUUUUGUUACAUGUAGUUUGAAGUAAGUGUUUCUAUAUUCCAAAUAAAUAGCCAGUUGUCCCUGCACUGUUGAUUUAUUCGCGCUUUGUCUUGUUGGCUUGAUAGGGCAUUUUUAUCACAUCCUUACAUUUGGUGUUGUCCAAAACAUUGAGAUAUUUGGUCUAUACCUUUCACACCAAGACAAAUAUCAAAAGGUCUUUGAUAUUUGGUCUUGUCCAAAACAUCCAUGGUGACCUUUGGUCCACACCAAAAUGUCUUUGGUAUUUGGCCCUGUACAAAGCAUCCAAGGAGGCAUUUGGUCCUGUCUAAAAUAUCUGCUGAGACAGUUGGUCCAUGAUUCAUUAAAUAAUACAUUUAACUUUGUUAAAAUGUUAUUUGUUAUUAUAAUUUCUGAUGAAUUUUGUUUUUCACAUUCUUGUUUUUCUUUGUCAUGAACUUUGUCGUACAUUUACUCUUAAAAGUCAAUGACCAAUUUCUCUCAAGAAUAUAUCAACCUGAUUAUUGACUUUAUAUUUAUUAUAUCUGUUAACAAUUUUAGUUAUACAGAUUUGAUUUUGUUGAUAUCAUCGUGAAGUUGGUGACUGUAUUUGACUGUGACCACCAAGUACCUGUGUGAUAACUUUAUUGCUUUGCUGUUUAUCUUUUGACACUUCAGUAGAUCUCCAAAUUGAAGGAUAAUACUCCACCAUCAGUUUUGAAAUUUGUUAUGCCACCAUUUCACUGUGUUGUUUGUCCCUUGAUCAGUCUUCAAUAUUGCCCUGUAUAAAUUCCAAGUUUCUGGUAGAAGUCUUGAAAGAUUCUGGUCUACUGUCUCUGCCACACCUUCCAAGAACAUAAAUUCCCCCAACAUAAUCUAUUAGGUCAUCUAAAUUUUCUUGGGCAUUCUCUAUAAUGUAUUUAAGUUUUAUUUACAUCUUCCAAAGGUACAAAUUGAUGUCUAAACAACAUGGAUACACUUACAUGAGUUACUUUUUAUUGUCAUUUACUUGCAUGUUGAUCCCCCCAAAAUAUUUGUUUACUAUAGUGGUUGUGAAAUGACUAUCCUUUUACUUGCACAUUUUCAUUUAGUAGUAGUCAAAUCAUAUUUAUCAUCUUGCAAUAUCAAAAUCCAUCAUGCACAAUAAGGGUUUAAUGGAUUUCUCCUGUGCAAGUAAUAUCUGUAAGUGGCCUCCUCAUCUUUUAUUGUUUGGGGCAUUAAUCAGUGGCUAGUAUAACCCAAUACUAAACUAUGUAUAGUAAAUAACUGAACUGUUGUCGAUGCUCUCUAUUGAGGAUGCAUCACUGAAUAAUGUAGUACUGGCCUUAAAUAUUGAAUAUUGUCCAAAAUUGUAUAAAUAAAAAUUAUUACAUCAUCUCAAGAACCAGAAUGUGCAUAAGAAGUGGUUCUUCACAUCUGAUCACUGUUAUACUCCUCUAAUUUCACUUCAUGAAAUAAAGUUGAGUUUGAUGAUUAG